UUUCUCCCUCCUUAACUUGUACGGCUUAAAUUCCAAAGUUCCACUCUUUUGUCUUCAAAUCUCUCACAAACCCUAAUUUCCCCAAAUUCGAUUUUUUAAAUCGAUUCAACAAAUGGCUUUAUUAUUGGAAGAGAUCACUCGAUCAGUAGAGACCUUUCUAAAGCUCAAGAAUUCGACCCAGACGACACCCUAUGUUGACCCGAAUCUCGACCCGGUUCUUCUCGUCCCGGGUAUCGCCGGCUCGAUUCUCAACGCCGUUGAUCAUGACUCCGGGAAAGAAGAGCGUGUAUGGGUCAGAAUCUUCGGUGCCGACCACGAGUUUCGAACAAAGAUGUGGUCUCGCUUCGAUCCUUCAACUGGUAAAACGAUCACUCUCGACGCAAACACGAGUAUUGUGGUUCCUCAAGACAGAGCUGGUCUGCUUGCAAUCGAUGUCUUAGACCCUGAUAUGAUGGUUGGACGCGAGUCAGUGUUCUACUUCCAUGAGAUGAUUGUUGAGAUGCUUGGUUGGGGAUUCCAAGAGGGCAAAACCCUUUUUGGUUUUGGUUUUGAUUUUCGCCAAAGCAACAGGCUGCAGGAAAUUAUGGACUUAUUUGCUGAGAAGUUGGAAUCAGUUUACAAAGCUUCAGGAGAGAAGAAGAUUAAUGUUAUCAGUCAUUCUAUGGGAGGACUGUUGGUGAAAUGUUUCAUGAGUCUGCACACUGAUAUAUUCGAGAAGUAUGUACAGAAUUGGAUUGCUAUUGCUGCUCCAUUUCGAGGUGCUCCUGGAUAUAUCACAUCAACUUUACUGAAUGGAAUGUCAUUUGUGAAUGGCUGGGAACAGAACUUUUUCGUCUCAAAAUGGAGCAUGCAUCAACUGCUUAUUGAGUGUCCAUCCAUAUACGAGCUGAUGUGUUGCCCUUAUUUCAAAUGGGAACUCCCUCCCGUUUUAGAGCUGUGGCGAGAGAAAGAGAGCAAUGAUGGAGCUGGCACCUCAGGUGUUGUUCUUGAGUCUUACCGUAGUCUGGAAAGCCUUGAAGUUUUCACAAAGUCUCUUUCUGAUAAUAAAGCUGAUUAUAAUGGAGAGUCCAUCGAUCUUCCUUUUAACUGGGAGAUCAUGGAGUGGGCUAACGAAACCAAGAGAGUGCUACACUCUGCAAAGCUUCCUCCUAAAGUCAAAUUCUAUAACAUAUAUGGGACCAAUUUAGAAACUCCUCAUAGUGUUUGCUAUGGGAAUGAGAAGAUGCCUGUCAAAGAUCUAACAAACCUAAGAUACUUCCAGCCGACGUAUAUAUGUGUUGAUGGUGAUGGCACAGUCCCGGUUGAAUCUGCCAUGGCGGAUGGGCUUGAAGCAGUAGCUAGAGUUGGAGUCCCAGGUGAGCACCGUGGGAUCCUCAACGACCACCGUGUCUUCCGGAUGCUCAAACAAUGGCUAAACGUAGGAGAACCCGACCCGUUCUACAACCCGAUAAACGAUUACGUCAUCCUUCCCACCACAUUCGAAAUGGAGGAACACCACGAGAACGGUCUGGAGGUUGCUUCCGUGAAAGAAUCAUGGGACUUCACAUCAGACGACAACAACGAUAAUGGCACAGCCGCGUCAACCGUUAGCUCCAUAUCAGUGUCUCGACCCGGGGAUGAUCAAAACCCUCGAGCUGAAGCUCGUGCGACGUUAACAGUCCAUUCACAAAACGAUGGUAGACAACAUGUCGAGCUCAAUGCUGUUAGUGUCUCUGUUGAUGCGUAAAGCGCGUCUUACUCUUCUUACCUUUGUAAUGUGUUAGGUGUCUGUGUCUGUAUAUAGCAAACGAAUCACGUGCCUCGUGUACUUAAAUCAUAACAAUAAAAUUCCGUGUUCGAUUUGUUGUUUAAGCU